AUGGAAUCACCUGGAGCCUACCCAGAGUCGCCGCUGGACCAGGACGACGUCGUGUAUCCGUGCAAGGGAUGUGGAGAGAUUCUUGAGGAAGGAAAGGCCUUCGAGCUCGCGGGAAACCGAUGGCACAUUGACUGCUUCCGUUGCAACACUUGCGGCACCCUCCUCGACUCGGAUGCGAACCUGCUGCUCCUCGGCGAUGGCUCCCUCAUAUGCAACAACUGCACAUACAGCUGCAACCACUGCGGCAACAAGAUAGAGGACCUGGCCAUCUUGACGGGUGACCAGGCCUUCUGUGCCAAUUGUUUCAGAUGUCGAAACUGCAAGCGCAAGAUCGAGAACCUGCGUUAUGCUCGUACAUCGCAGGGUAUCUUUUGCAUGUCUUGCCACGAGUCGCUCAUGGCUCGACGGCGGAAGAAAUCCAAGAAACCCCCAGCAGCAGUCGCGCCAAAAGUGGACAAGUCGUUGCCCGCCUUGCCUCCUCAAGCUGACCAGCCGCAAGCUACCUUCACUCCUGACGUUGACACCCCUUCGGAUAUCUUCUCAGAACCCGCUACGACCGACGUGUCUCCUAGACCACCACAUUCAAGAAGGGGCGACUCGUCUUCCAACUUCAGGCCCGAUCCCUCUCCCGUGGGAGAACGGCCACGAAGAGACAACACUACGCUCCCAGCCACAACAUAUAAUAAGGACAACAACCACGUAGAGUCCUCCGACGCCGGCGACGACAGUGUCUUGCUCUCUUUCGCUCUUGAUCCCAACCCUGCCCCCGGCCCUUCCCCGCUAGGUAGGCCGAUUAGCAGAUACAACGACCGAACAAUGGGAGCCAACCAGGCAGCGGGAGGCGAGGGCAAGAGCGGGCGUGACUACUUCAACAGGCCUUCGACAGACCAUAGAGAGAAGCUGAAGGAGAACCGCUCUCGCUCGGCUUCGAAAGAACGGCGGCCACCACACGAUCCCCAUAUUGCCUACCAGGAGAAGGGCAGACAGCCGUCGGAGACGCUUGUCGAUACGCUGAGGAAAAGAAAAGAUGGUACCAACGAUUCUCCUGCCCCGGAGCAGCGGUCGCGGAGUCAGCGUGCCUCCCCAGCCCCCUCCUCUGCAACGGAGCCUUUCAAGCUGCAAGAUGUACCGAAGAACAAGAAGGCGGAGGCGAAGCGCAAGGAUUCGGACGCAAUGACACCUCCACAACAGCAUAGCUCUCCAACGGUGGACAUGUCAGCCCGGCUGAGCCGCCCUCUUGUGGAGCCCACCUUUACUUCUUCUCCGCCUACUGGAGUACAAGACUCGCCUGAGACGUCGGGAUCUUCAUUCAGCUCCAACCAGCGAGUAGAGCUACCCGCUCGCGGGGAUUCGCUCAAUGCCUCAGCACUGAAGCACUCGGGUUCCCACUCAAGAACCGAGAAGCCCAUACCGUCGCCCACUACGCCAACCGUCAGCCAUCCAGAGCGGACGUCUUCCACAACCGUGGCGGCCACACAGCUUAAUGCAGGAUUGGGUAUCAUCAACCCCGUAGAUUCGCCGCCUUCUAAGAGCUUCUCGGAUGUUCCAAUUCCUGCACGUUCUGCUGGGAGACCUCCUCCGCCUUCCGCUGAUACGUUCACGUCUCCUCGAGCUCCUCCACAGCCACCAGCACCCCAGCUACACAAGGCCAGCGAAUCUACAAGCAGUGUCCAAAGUGAUGCUUAUCCCCCAGGUGGCCUUCCGCGGUAUAGCCACCAGGGCGACUUCUCCAUGGAUGAAGACUUUGCGCGGCUGCUCGGCAAUCAAGAAAGAGAGGAAAGAGAGGCUGGAGUAUUUAGAAGAGUGUCCAACGCCGUCUCUAAGCACGGGCGUAGUUUUAGUGAUCGUGGCUCGGUCACCUCGCGCGGCCACGGUCACAAGAAGUGGCCAACCAACGGCUCAAUCGAAAUUAGCAGUCCUACAGUCGCUUCACCUGAUACGAGAGAGGAGAGCGUCAAUCUACGAAAUGAGCUACGCCGUGCGCAACAACGAAUUGCGGAGCUCGAGGCCGAGAAAAACGGACUUCAAGAGUCCAUGCACAGUGCUGCCGAUAUUAGACAAGCGAACACUGUCUUGAGAGAGAAGCGCAACACCAUGGCUGUCUUGGACACACAGCGUGAGAUGGUCAUACGCGAAUUGGAGAUCAUGACGGAACAUCUCAAGCGUGCUAAAGACAGUAAUGGCGCAAUGGACAUAAACCAGCUGAAGUCAGACAUCCUUCGAGACUUUGCCAGUUCUUUGCACAAGCUUAAAGACCAGUUGGGGGGUCAAAUAGAGGAUCUGAUCUCGAAAAGGGCCGAGCUCACCGAUGAGAUUUCGAACUUGAUCCAGAUGAAAGACAAAGGCUUCCAAGAAUAUGAGUCACUCACAGCAGCCAACGCGAGGCUGUCCUCUACGAAUCGUGAGCUUGUGGACAGUAUACAAAAGACGUUUCAAAAUAACAAGAAGGGUGCACCGAAUUUCGACGCUUCAGCAAACGGGCUGGGGAUCUAUAACGCACAACACAAGGGCGGCAAAUCAGAUAUCUCCGUUGAUGGGCCCGGAAUACCUCACGAGCAUUCUUUUGCCAAUCUUCACGAUGCCGAUAGUGAAGCGACGCUCGCGCAGCCACAGGUCGUCAACAUACGUAAGACUGGAAAGCCCACUAAGUUCUCGACCUGGAAGAAGGGUGGCCAAGCCAUCACAAAGAACGUCACCAAAGGCUUCAAAGGAGCUUUCGGAUCGGAGGCAAGACAAGAGGAUUACAACAUCAGAGUCAUUGGAACACCAUACGGCUCUGUGCACACACAGCCAGACAUUGCGUCGAUGUCGAGCUCCCUCAAGAGUAGGGAACAGGAGGUGGGGACGCCAAAAGGCUGGUUCACUGCGAAAGGUGGACCGGGUGGACGGCAACAACAACAACAGCCGGGCCGCUUCAAGCCGAUGCAACACAACGACAGCAGCACCAACCUAGUCGCGGAUGCUAGUACGGUUCUCUUUGGUUCGGACCUUACAGCUCGGUGCGAGUUUGAGAAGCAGAUGAUCCCCAGGAUUGUCAGCCGGUGCAUCGAGGAGGUUGAGUUGCGAGGUAUGGACGUUGAGGGCAUUUACCGCAAGAGUGGCGGCACUUCACAAGUCAACCAAGUGCGCGGCGGCUUUGAGGCUGAUAAUGAUCAUGACAUUUCGGAUCCUGAUCUGGAUAUCCACGCAGUAACGUCGGCACUGAAGAAUUACUUCCACAGACUGCCUGUACCGUUGAUCACCUUCGCCGUGUACGACCAGUUCUUGGAAGCAGGCCAAAUCGAAGAUACCGAAGCGUUGUCUAAGGCGUUACUUGCCGCCAUAAACGAGAUUCCCAAGGCUCACCGCGACACCCUCCAAUUCUUGGUGUUCCAUCUAUCGAGGGUAAUACAGCACGCCAGCGAAAACUUGAUGACUCCACUCAACCUUGCCGUCGUCUUCGCACCGACUAUCAUGCGACCCAUGGACAUUCAACGCGAACUCACCGACGUUCAGCAGCAGCGUGUUGCUGUCCAAGCUCUUUUGGAGAACUACAAAACAGUUUUCGGUGAAGAUUAA